ACGCGGCGUUGUUUCGAACACAGUAGCUCUUGGGCAAGCAGCGGCGGGGAAUCAAGACAAGCGCGGCUGUGGCUUGUUGCACGCCAGCGUGCCAUCGCCGUCGUCUCCGUGGGAUAAGGCGCUCGACGGUCGCACAUCGUGCGCAGCAUGGGGCGAAGCUCCAGGUGGAAGCCUGACAGCACGGAAGUUGACCAUGCACCCAGGUUCACCACAGGCAAUGGCUCUACAGCAGCCACAAACGUUGGUGGUUGCAGUGUUCUUGGUGGCGACGGCACCAAUAAACAGAACGAUGAGACGCUUGCCAAGUAUGCAGCAGGCAUUGGCAAGAGAAGGAUGCCCCAACCCGACGGUCGUCUCAGUUGGGCUAUGGCCGUGGUCUGCUUCCUCAUCAAUAUGCUCUCCUCGGGAUUUGGCCGCUGUUUGGGCCUCUUUUUCAACGCCAUCAUGUCCACGUUCGCAGUACCCCGAGGAGAGGCGUCGCUUCCCCUGUCUGUCUAUGGGGGUUUCUUCAAUCUGAGCGGUCUCAUAUCUGGAGCCCUGAUACAGGCCUUCGGAACUUGCAAGACAUCGGUCAUUGGAAGCACUCUUACCAUACUCGGACUCUCCAUAUCGGUCUUUGCCACCGGACCAAUCUUCCUUGCUUUUUCGGCGGGCUUCCUGUUCGGUACUGGCCAGGGCCUCAUUCUCAACAGCAUCGUAGUCUGUGUGAGCCAGUAUUUCGAGAAACGGCGAGGGACAGCGCUGGGCCUAAACAUGGCCGGAGCAACCGUAGCUUCGCUUGUGUUUCCCAACUUGUACGAGUUUCUGAUCGCCGAGUACGGCCUUCGCGGCACACUCCUAAUGAUGGGCGGCUCGCUGGGCAACGUCUUGGCCCUUUCCAUGCUUGUAAAUCCACCUUCAUGGGAGAAGGAGGCGCGGAACAGCGGCGCCACCAAUCUGAAAACGAACGGAACUUCUAGCGUUCCGUACUACACUCCCACAACCGGGCGAGCGUCAGUCAUGUGUGGUCAUGCAGACGAAGACAAGGACAAACUCUAUCUCGAAAUUGAACCGCCGCGUCUGUCAUCACCGCAAGCCAGGAAAGCCACUCUGGUUAGCGUCUCGAAUCGUGGAGCCAGCACUUGUAGGCGUGGAACCAUCAUCAGCGUCGGCGACCAAACGAGCGUCGUUGGGCAUCGCAGGGGAACCAUUAUAAGCCUCGUCGAUAACGUGAAGACGUCCCGGCGCGGCACCCUCAUAUCCGACCAUCCUUGUGCCCUGUCAUCGUCCCGGCGGGGAACAAUCACAAGCAGCGUGGGAGACGGCGGAGGAUUGGUCUCCAUGGCUCCAGAUUUGAAUGAAAUCCGUGCCCGCAGAGGUACCAUGAUGAGCGUAGCGGGCUCGAUGUUCGCGAGCAAUAAAAUCGCGCGAGGCUCCGCUUCGGUCGAUGUGAUGUCAGCACGCAGAGGCACCUUGGUGAGCCUGAACAAUUCAUGCCGCCUAGAUUGCUCGUCCCUGCGAGACGACGCGCUCAGAAUUGAGCUUCCCGCAGUUCCAGAAGAGGCAUCCAGUUCCCAUCAGUGCUCCAAAACAUUCUAGAGGUGCUAAAGUCCCCGCGUUUUAUUUUCACGCAUUUAGUUACGCUGCGUUGCCCUUUUUUCUCGAUUCAGUACUUGACUGUGAUGUUCGACUUCGCCGAAGACAUCGGGGUGCCCCCUUCUGACUCUGUACACGCACUCACGAUGUUCUCAGCCACGGAUACAGUGGGACGAUUGUUCGUCCCUUUUAUAAGCGACUACGGCCUCAUCUCCAACUGCGGUCUGCUCACCAUCGCAUAUUUCUCUCUGGGACUACUGCAGCAACUCACGCCUCACAUACACGGAAAAGCAGCGUUCUGGGGGAUGUCAGUGGUCAUGGGCCUCCCGACCGGUUACAUCAUGGUAGGGAGCCCCAGAAAUUCUGUCUACCGAGAUUGGCACGAAGAACCUGCCGAUUGCUUACGGAUUUAUGACGACACUCACGGCUAUUGCAGGCUUCGCUAGACCACCUGUUAUCGGUUUCUUCAGGGACAACUACGGCAGCUACGAUGGUCUGUUUCGGCUACUUGGCGGCAUGCUUACGCUCUCUUUUCUGUUCACGGCUGGCUUAUGGGUCACCGGACGCUCGAAACUCAGGAAGAAAAAGGCGACCGCCUCUGCAACGGAGGCCUUCGUCUUCGUACCGGAGGCGAUGCCGACGCUCAAAGAAGAAGAAGUGGAUUCCUAAACAAGCUGUGUAGUGUAAGACACUUACCUGGAAGAAAGGGAAAAAACAAGCACAAAAGUGCAGCUGCAAGUGGCGGUUUUGAAGGGUCGUUGUAAAUAGCAUAGAGGAAGGCAAGAGAGGCAAUCCGCAGGGAGAGCCAGAUGGUAACUCUUACCUGAUGAACGUGCGCGGAGUGAUGUGUUCAGGGUGGGCGAAGGCUGAACGUGCAGAAGACGUGAUCUAGCGACAUUUAAUGAAUUGUGCAAAAGACGUGAUUUAGCUACCAUUGAAUGAACGGUGAACUACUGCGUUCCUUUCUAUUCAAAGCUAAUGCACUGAUCAGCUUGCGUGAAAAAAAAAUGAAAAAGCUAACCAGUGGCUCGUAUGAGUGAGAUAUUUGUGGACUACAUUCGUUUUUGUAUUCAACAUUUCUCCAGGAAAACAUAAUCAGUUUCGAGCACAUGGGAAGCUUCGAAGUUGCAACGCCAAUGCAAGAAUUUACGAAUUCUCCGUUAUACUAUAGGCUCGUUUGGAGCUUUGCAAAAAGAAGCCACAUACAACAUAUUGAUGAAACUUUGGUGUACAGGUGUAUAAACUUUACACGGUAAAUGGAAGCACUAACUAUUUUUUGAGGCCACUUCUAGCACAAACGGAUUCACGCGAACGAAUGUUCUUAUGGUGUGACGUACGCUAAAUAUUGUGUGGGAAAUAACAGUAACACAUGAAAAGCUUCCCUCACCUCUUCUCUAUUUACACUGCUACACAAUUUCUCACAUCACACCAUGUUGCUUCCUGAAUUAUUUCGGGAUGACAUGGCGGUUAACAACAUUUGUCAAUGCAAGCGUCAAACAGAGGGUGCAUAUGUCGACAUAGAAUGCCAUCGCCCCCAAUCGUCAUUCCUUUUACGGCAAUGGUAAUAGUUGGCUUGAGUGCAGGCAAACGCCUGCUGUGCUUAUUCGGGGAAAUAAUUAAUACUGCCAGUUAGCCUCUUACGCCAGAGCCAUGAUGCAGAAUAACGCAAUUAUCAAGCCCCUGUUGGACCUUCGUGGCCAACGUUAUCUCUGUCGUUUCGGGGGCAAUUGUCAAUUGUUGCCGAUGACUUUAUUAGUGUUGCGCCCUCGUCGUUUCAGUUGAUUUUUCAAAAGGGUCUUUUGGGGGAGAUCGCUUAAGUGUGUAAGGGUGGGAAUUAGUAACAAUAGCAGUAAAAAAGAGCACAAACUUUACACCUCUCUGUGUUCGUCAUUCUGUCUCAGUUGACGUAAAAACUAGACUGGCUGGGGAUGCCAGUGACUUUAGAAGGUGUCGCAAUCGAAUACGUCCCAGCCGGAAUGAAUGUGAAUUUAUUCUUUAGUUUCUGGCAAUUAACUUGACGCUUAUCGAUUGCCGAAGACAUCUCUUUUUUUUGCAAUUAUUACUUAGCAACGCAUCCCGUCAGAAUUUAACAAAAUACCGUCAGUGGCUACACCAAAAAUAAUGUUUUUCCAGGUAAAACAAACCGAGAACUAUUGGUGAUACGAAAAAUCACAGCCUAUUCACGAAGUGAAUGAUGACGAGUGGGCGAAGCUCUGGGGGAUCAUGAACCGUGAAUUCCCCCGUACAUUGCCGGCGCUGCCGUUUCACUGCAGCUGCGCGAGCACUCGCCGCCUCUAGAUCAGCUUGCAGACGUUUUCGUGCCGCUGCAGCUUCGCGAGCCCGCAAGUCUCGAUCCUCUUGUUUGCGCUGCCGCUCUGCGAGCCCAAAACUCUGUGGACUGCGUUGCCGCGCAACUGCGCUACGCACUCCAAGACCGCCACUGUCGAAACAGAGAGAGAGAGAGAGAAAGCCGACCCACUAGCAGUCUCCUUUCAAACAGCAGCACGCGCCAAGAGCGAGCACUGGCACCACCCCACCCUUUACCGGGCGCUUCCAGUACUUGCGUGUCACGCCGACAGACAAGGCACAUAGCUUGACCCUAAGGAGCUUCACCCGUAAAAAUAGAGCUGGAGCUCUAAACCCAUGAAAGAGCUGCUGGCUGAAGACAACACAUCGAAUCUUUAGUUAAUAUUGAAACAGCCUUGAAGUAUGGCUCGACAGUGUCUUUGCAGUUUAUGCUUAUAAGUAUAAGCAAUAUUUCCACAAAGCGGCAUCGGGUUACUUCUAAUGACAUGUAAGGCCGCGCAAGCUGGCCGCUUUAGAUGCCACACCACUUGGCAGCAAAAAAAAAUUUCUUAAAGUUUCUCAGGACGUGUGUAAAAGAUGAAGCAAAAAUAGUAAGCCUACAUGGAAACAACCCAGCGCAUAAAACCACAAACAUGGAAAAGUUAAACAUGCAUACACGAGCAAGCACAAGUAUAUUUCGUGUGCAAGUUCAAGCGUACACACAUACUCAAUUAGACACAGGUGCUUUUUGAAAUGAUCCAGUGUACGGGCGAAAGUGCGUUACAUUACCGAGCUUAGGCGAUAGAAGUACACAUACACGAGUAAUAUUGUGCUUGCUCAAAUAUAUAAACUAUGACUUUUAUACCAAACCUUGGAAGUUAAGCAUACACAGAUGUCUCAUCUACCUGGACCAGAAGCACUGGCUGAAUCAUAAUAAAUGAAAAACACGCAGUUUGUCAGCUGUGACAAUAAAACACAUGAUUCAAUAAA